CGGAGGCUUAAGUCGGUGGCGCGGGGCAGUGGGUAAAAGUGGGUCACGACGUCGCCGCACGUUGGACCUAAAGUGCAACAUGCGCAGACAGACAGACUGAGGCAGGGAGUCAGUGUUACUGUAACUCGACCCGCUGACGGACACACGUAGCCAUGACGCUUCUUUACACCUAUUUCAAGAAACAAGAUGAUUAAAAACUGGGGUUUCAUCGGUGGGGUAGCUGCUGCGAUUGCAGCUGGAGUAUACGUUUUGUGGGGCCCAAUAACAGAGCGAAAGAAGAGAAAGAGAGGUAUGGUUCCUGGUCUGUUGAACUUGGGCAACACCUGCUUCCUGAACUCUUUGCUCCAGGGUUUGGCAGCAUGUCCGUCUUUCAUCAGAUGGCUGGAGGAGUUUUCAGGGUCACCUACAACCCAGUCAGGCAAAGACAACCAGCUGUCCAGCACGCUGCUUCAGCUGCUCAGAGCUCUGUCCAGUGAUGAACCUGGGGAGGAAGAUGUUCUUGAUGCCGGAUGCCUCCUGGAUGUUCUCAGACUGUACCGGUGGCACAUUAGUUCUUUUGAAGAGCAGGAUGCACAUGAACUCUUCCAUGUCCUUACAUCUUCUCUGGAAGAGGAACGGGAUCGUCAACCCAAAGUCACUCACUUGUUUGACAUACAGUCCCUCGAGGCAAGUUAUCAUCUCCUGACUUCCAUCACCCCUAAAACUGCACACUCAUCUCUGUUGCGCUGUACGUUAUUCCAGUGUGUUUUGUCGUCCAGUUCAGUGCAUAUAUUUUACCCCAAAUCUGCCUCCUAUACCUUUUUAAAAUAUCAGUCAGUCUUAACCAUAGCAAGUGUUGUUGAGUUGGCACAGCGCUCCCUGCUAUUCUGUGUGUAUGUGUUUAUUUUAUACCAGAGUCUGCCUGAUCAAGUUGCGAAAACUAUGACCUGCAGAAGUCGAGCCCCACUUCAUCCAAUAACAAGUCCAUGGAAGUUUCCACAUCCUUUUCAUGGGCGUUUAACGAGCAACAUGUCGUGCAAGCGCUGUGAACAACAAAGUCCGGUGCGGUAUGACUCAUUUGAGAGUCUCUCCCUGUCCAUCCCUUUACCUCAGUGGGGUCGACUCAUCUCUCUCGAUCAGUGUCUUCAGCAUUUCAUCUCCUCAGAAACCAUCAAAGAAGUGGAGUGUGAAAACUGCACCAGGCUUCAACAAAAGACCACAGUCAAAGGCCAAGUUCCUGAAAGUCAGAGGACAACAUUUGUUAAACAGCUCAAACUGGGAAAGCUCCCCCAGUGCCUCUGCAUCCAUUUACAAAGACUGACGUGGUCCAGUGAGGGAACCCCCAUCAAAAGACAGGAGCAUGUGCAGUUCACAGAGUAUCUAUCAAUGGACCGCUACAAACACGACGUUUCCACUCAGAGAAGUAAGCGGCUCACGUGUGCGCCGAAGCCCAAGGAAGCAGAAAACUCAGAUGAUGUCAUUAAAAAGCCCAUCACAAAUGGCGCAGAUGCAGAGCAUCAUAACAACAACAACCCUUUUUCUAAUGGGACCUGUUCGUCUUUAUUUCUUCACUCUCCUGGUGUGAACCCGCAGCUCAGCCUCACGUAUGACUACAGUUCUACAGAGUACCUUUUCCAGCUCACGGCUGUGCUGGUUCACCACGGCGACAUGCACUCGGGACAUUUCGUCACGUACCGCCGUAGCCCCUCCUCACCUCUCGCUGCUCGAGCCUUCACCUCACAGUGGCUCUGGAUGUCGGACGACUCGGUACGAAAAGCCAGCCUGCACGAGGUUCUGUCCUCCAACGCUUACAUGCUCUUCUACGAGAGAGUCCGAAGGCUGAACCUCGCUCUGCGCUCAGAGGAGCAACCAGAAGCAUACAACCUCAAAGCCUGACGGACUUCUGGCUUCCCUGUCAAACUGUCACAGUGACGGUUACAGCGCCGUCAUCAGCAGGCGGAUUAUGACUUUGAGACCAGAGAGGAAAGCCGAUCUAGAGUUAUUGUAGAGAUCAUUUUGCAUCAUCGGAUCAAAGCACCAUGUCGGAAGAUCAUGUAUGACGAUUUUUGAUUCUGAUUCCAUUUGUAGACACUUUGCCUACUGCUCUGAUCCAGAGUAGGAUGCAGUUAAUCCCAAAGAUGACCUGCUGGAUCUUAAGUCAGAUAUCUUUGACACGUGUAACAGUUUCUGUCAUGUAACACUGUGGCUAAUACAGGACAAAAAAAAACCCGACCAACACCUGAUAAUACAGUGGCUUCUAAGGUAAAAGCCUUGCAACACAUUGUUCAUAUGUGAAGUUUAUAGUGUUAUUUUUUUGUUGAGGCCGUCGGACAUGUUGAAUCAACUCAACAGAAGUAUCUUAUUGGGACUUCAUGCAGAUUUUACUUGUUAGAUAUUAUGAAAAGUCAAAAAGGUAAUUCCUUAACUCUGGUUCUAUAUUGUCUAAUCUGAUUUGCCCUAAUCAUUCCCAGCAGCGUACAUUGUCUGUAAUGGAUCGACAGGUCAUAAGCAGUUGAUAUUUUUCUAUAUAUCCAAAAAUCCUUACACUGUCAUGACUUGCAGAGCUGCACAGUUGAGGUGAAAGUGCCAUGUUGUCUUUAAUGUGCAGGGGUUAUAACACGUGAAACCAUGACGGCUGCGACUGAUGUGAAGAUGAGAUAGGAUCUCUUCUUGAAUGCAUGAUGUAUCUGAGCUGUUUGGCACGGCGUAGAUGUUUGACAGAUUGAUAAUAAUCUGGCAUUGGUUUAUAAAGCCAGACUAUGACUGCAGGUUUUUUUGGGCAAGUUAUCCUGAAUAUUUUUUUAACUCUGUAAAUGAUAACUGCCACUUCUUUCCCCACCAAACCAACAAAGUGAGAAAUGGCCUGUUUGCGAUUUGCACUAUUGUAUAUUCAUUUGAGAUUGUGUCUUUGUGUAAAGGUGAUUGUUUUCAGGUAUUAAAAAAAGCAUAACUAAUGUG